AUGAACAAAAUCACAAUUAUCUUUUCACCAUAUCAUGUAGGAGAACGUGACUUCCGUGUAGGUAAUGGUCCAAAAAGAAUUCUUGGUUUUGGUAUCGUUGAUGUCCUUGAAAAAUUAGGGUAUGAAGUGGAUAUUGUAGAAAUACCAAGAGUCGAUGAAUAUGAAGGAGAAAUUGGGAAAAGUUUUGAAAUUUUGAACAGAACCUCAGUAAUAGUGAAAAAUGCAAUAGCUAAUGGUACUUUCCCAUUGAUAUUAUCAGGUAAUUGUAUGGCUACCGCAGCUGUUGCAUGUGGUUUAAGAGAAGAAAACCUUGGAUUUAUAUAUUUUGACGCACAUGAUGACUUAGAUUCUCCAGAUGUAAACACUAAUGGCUAUUUAGAUGCCAUGGGCCUGUCCAUGUUACGUGGUGAAAGUUGGAAAGCUCAUAUGUCUAAAGUUCCCUAUUUCAAGCCUUUAACUUUUGAUAAGUUUCUUUAUUGUGGUCUACGUGCUUGUGAUGAAAUUCAAAAACAACGUGUGAAGGAAGCUAAUAUGGACAUUAUUUGGGGUGACGAAACUAAAAAAGUGGAUUUCAUAAAGGAAGUAAAAACUCAACUGCAAAAGAGAGAUUAUAGUCCAGCUGUGGUUCAUUUAGAUCUGGAUUGUUUGGAUGCUGCUUAUGGUAAAGUUAAUGAUUUCCCAUCCGAAGGUGGACUGUAUGAAAAUGAACUCUUAGAGUGUAUGGGUAUGGUUCCAGAGUAUUCAACACCACGUUCUUUAACUAUUUGUUCAUUUGAUCCAGAUUGUGGUGAUGGUGAUAAAAUAGCUCAGAUUGCUGUGGAGGCUGUUAAAAGAUUCUUCACCAGUUUAAGUAAGAAGAAGUGA